AUGGAGUUUGGUGGUAUCACACUUUUCUUGGCUCUCUGCGUUCCCUGCCUUGCCAUCCUCAUUGCCUGGAAGCGCAUGCACAAAGCAGGCAAGCUGCCCCCAGGACCCACCCCUAUACCCUUCCUGGGCAACCUGCUGCAGGUCCGCACCGAUGCUACAUUUCAGUCUUUCCUGGAGCUCAGUAAGAAGUAUGGGCCUGUGUUUACUGUCUAUAUGGGUCCUCGAAGAGUAGUCGUUCUAUGCGGCCAUGAGGCAGUGAAGGAAGCACUAGUCGACCAGGCAGAGGAGUUCAGUGGCCGGGGGGAGUUGGCCUCCAUUGACCGGAACUUCCAGGGACAUGGUGUGGCACUCGCCAAUGGGGAUCGCUGGCGGAUCUUGCGUCGUUUCUCUCUGACCGUCCUUCGAAACUUUGGGAUGGGGAAGCGCAGUAUUGAGGAACGUAUUCAGGAAGAGGCUGGCUUCUUACUUGAAGAAUUCCGGAAAACAAAUGGAGAUCCCAUUGAUCCCACCUUCUUCCUGAGCCGCACAGUCUCCAACGUCAUCAGCUCUGUGGUGUUUGGGAGCCGCUUUGACUAUGAGGACAAGCAGUUCUUGUAUCUGCUGCACCUGAUCAAUGAGAGCUUCAUUGAGAUGAGUACGCCUUGGGCCCAGCUCUACGAUAUGUAUUCAGGGAUCAUGCAGUACCUGCCUGGCCGCCAUAACAAAAUUUACAACCUUAUCGAAGAACUGAAGGACUUCAUUGCAUCCAGGGUCAAGAUCAAUGAGGCCUCUCUGGAUCCCAACAACCCCCGGGACUUCAUUGACUGUUUCCUUGUCAAAAUGCAUCAGGAAAAAGACAACCGUCAGACAGAAUUCAACCUUAAGAACCUGGUCCUCACCACUUUAAACCUGUUCUUUGCUGGGACUGAAACAGUCAGCUCCACACUGCGCUAUGGGUUUCUGCUUCUUAUGAAACACCCAGAGGUGGGAGCCAAGGUCCAAGAGGAGAUUGACCAAGUCAUUGGACGACACAGACUCCCCAAGGCAGAGGACCGGAUGCAGAUGCCGUACACUGAUGCAGUCAUCCAUGAGAUCCAGAGGAUUACAGACAUUGUACCCUUGGGUGUCCCUCAUACAGUCACCCGAGACACCCACUUCCGAGGUUACAUCCUGCCAAAGGGCACUGAUGUCUUCCCUCUCAUUGGCUCUGCUCUCCGAGAUCCUAAGUAUUUCCAAAAACCUGAAACCUUCGAACCCCAGCACUUUCUCGAUGAGCAGGGACGUUUCAAGAAGAACGAGGCCUUCGUGCCAUUUGCCUCUGGUAAGCGCGUGUGUCUGGGGGAGGCCAUGGCUCGGAUGGAGCUCUUCCUCUACUUCACAGCCAUCCUACAGAGCUUCUCCCUCCAAUCUCUGGUUCCCACCAGUGAGAUUGACAUCACCCCCAAGAUGAGUGGCUUUGGCAACAUCCCUCCCACCUAUAAACUCUGCAUUGUGGCCCGUUAA